UAGGAAUUAAGAAGAAACAAGCCUAUGGUUGGCGUGGAUUCUGGUUGUCUGAACAGAAAACGGUCGUCGGAUUGCGGAGAAGACAGUGAGAAGAGUUGAGGGCCGACGUGGUAUUCUGAAAGUCGUGCUUCAGUUCUGUUACCACUAUGACCUUAGAGUGUUCGGAUGUCAGGGCUGACGACAGUUAUCCUUGAUUGAUCUGCAUGUUCCGUGUGCAUAGAUUGGCGAGCACACCUUCAAAACCUUGUGGUCUUAUUCGACUGAGGCGAUAGUGCCGACGUAUUUUAUUGAUUAUCUCCUUAUCUUGGCGUUAGAGAUAUUGCCAAUUCUAGUCUUCACCGCGCCGUCAUCUCUUACCCUCGACUGCGUCUCGGCCUGCCUAAGAGCGUCAUAAAUAGCGGGUUUCAUCGAAGAUUGAAAUUAGUCUCACGUAAUGUGGAGUUUCUGUUCCCUAUUCGUAGCUUGGUGAGACCGAGCCAUUCAUCCGUCUAGUGAUAAAUUACUUGCACAGGGUGGAGGAAGUUGAAGCAAAUUCCGAAGAAGCUGUCUUACUUUUCGACAGUCACACAUAGUUAAAGCUUCACACAUCGAUAUCGGAGGUCUUAUUCCUUCAGGCGUUGCGUGGCGCAAGAUCAUGAGUCCACAUCUAUCAGCAUUGUUUUCAAAUUGCUAUUCUAACCAGAACAUAUAAAUGCUUACGACAGUCCUGUCUACUCCCAAAGGAAGGAUGAGAAUCAUCUGAUUCAAGCAAGAUUCUUUCAAGGAGAUCGCAAAAUCAACAGCCUUGGCCUCCGACUUCACUUAUAACUGUGGGACUAUUACCUCAACUGAUGCAGAGUCUCUAUGAAGGACUUUCUGGAGGAAGCGAAGUAGAGAGGUUGUCAUGUAUCGUACGCGCUAAAGGUGGAGGGGAGCCACGCUAUGGAGUCUUUGGUUUCCUAUAAGAUAGACUAUACGCCGAUGCCAAUCACCGCUACCUUCGCUGGCCUUCAUGAGUUCAGUAAGCUGAAGUUGUUUAGCAACACUGGUAACAGAGUCACCAAUAUGGACGAACCCAGGCCGAUGGAAGCGGCGGGUGCAAAAGCAAAGUCCAAGGCCAUUAGAUACAGAGAAUGUAACAGAAACCAUGCAAUUUCCACCGGCGGAUACGCGGUCGAUGGCUGCGGUGAAUUCAUGCCUGGUGGUGAGGAAGGAACGGUGGCAGCCCUUAAGUGCGCCGCAUGUGACUGUCAUAGGAAUUUUCAUAGAAAGGAAGUAGAGGGAGAGGCUACUUGCGAUUGCCAAAACAUCAAACGAAAUGAUCCGAGGAAGCGAGGGCUGAUGGCUCCAGGAGGUCCUUCACAGCCCGGUAGUUCCCAGCAAUUGGCGCUUCCAACCCCAGCGCAAAUCAUCAGCCGAGUCACAGCCGCGCCUUUCUUGUUGGGUCCUGGACCAACCGACUCGGACGAUGGCGAUGGUGGCCUUAGCGGAUCGCCGUCCACCAUAAAGAAGAGAUUCAGAACAAGGUUCAAUAAUGAGCAGAAAGAGAAAAUGGGAGUAUUUGCUGAAAAGUUAGGCUGGAAGAUCCAGAAGCACGACGAGGCUGCCGUACAAGAGUUUUGUGCUGAAGUUGGUGUUAAGAGGCAUGUUCUGAAGGUAUGGAUGCAUAACAACAAGCACACCAUCGGGAAGAAGCCUCCAUGAUUACUGCCAGUAUUUGUACCAACCUGGCUUCUUGUUUACUUCUGAUCGUCACCUUCCACUGUUCAAAGCAAUGCCUUACAGAUCGAAUAAUCGGGCCAAUAGUAACGCAAGAGAUGGUCGCUUGACUCUUGUAAGAAAGUUUACCAAAAUAAUGUUCAUUUCCUGUAAUUUUCACUCCCGUUGAUCAGAAUUGCAGAAUGGGUGUACUCUAGUUUCCAACAAGAUUUCGAAACUGGCGAAUUUGUAAGAAAUAGAAUGAGUUGGUCAAAUUGUCCAGCUUUCAGGGGUUACGACGCUUUCUGUACAGUAGGGUGGCGAUGUUCAUUGCAAACGUUCUAAGCGAGAGAGGAAUGGAAGUCAGAUAAGAUUGUAGACUGAUCGAGAGUUUGAAAUCCCUAGCUCCUCAAUUCAUUUCAAAUAUCAUAACCGCUGGCUUGAUUUUCACUAUUUAGACUGAUCAGCGCCCCGCGAUCAUGGUUCUUAGCUUCGAAGUCGGGUGUAAAUUUAUUUCAGUUUCCUUCCACAUUGCGGAGUCGCAGAGCUAAAAUCGAUCUAUGAGAUCUUAGAAUAAGGUCCAGUAACUGGCCCCCUUUGCUCCUGGGUGCAACGUGCACUUCAUUAAUUAGUCAUUCAAUCGAGGACUUGGUUGAACAUA